AUGGGAUCUCAGGCAACUCGAAAAGAACUUCUUGCUCUCGUUGCCGGCAUAAAUGCUGCAGCGGAAUCACUGGAUACGUCUGAGGCGUGCGAAGUUUUUAAAGCCAGGGAAACCCUUUUAAUCGAAUGUAAAAGGCUGAUUGCCUCCAUCGAAGACGCCGAUGCAGCAGUCUGGCCCCGUGCGUUUCAGUUCAAUGUGGCGGUUUCUAUCGACAUCGCAGCAACUCUGGGUAUCUGGGAAAAGCUGCGGGACAGAAAAUUCGUCACGCUCUCGGAGAUAUCGAAGGAAACAAAAUCAGAUACAGCAGCGACCGUCCGAAUCUUGCGGCAGAUGACUGCAGCUGGACUCCUUUUCGACGCGUUAGACCAUGAGGAACCUACGUAUGGUCUCACGCAUCUUGGUCGUCCAUACCUAGACCCCAAUCAUGUAUCUUUCAACCGAUUCAUUCUUCAAGAGGUCGUUCCAACAGUCCGCCACUCCAUUGAGCAGAAAUGCUUCCUCCCAGAGAAGCACCUCGAAGACACGCCUUACAAUAGAUGGAUCCGCCUGACCCAGGAUUCAGCCCGCGCAGCGGAUAUGGUCAAAGGCAUGAGGUCUCUUAGCUCCGGGGCCUUGGCGCCGACUGCUUACCCAUUCAGUAGCGAGCUCGAAAAGCUGAACAUCCAGGAUGGAGACGUGGCCAUUGUGGACGUGGCCGGCGGUCAAGGACACAUCAUGGAGGAGGUCCGCAGACAGAACCCUGGUCUCAAGGGCCGGAUCAUCGUGCAGGAUCUCCAGGCAGUGCUCGAUGCCGUACCUGAUGGCCCGCCCGGCGGUGUCGAAUUCAUGGCCCACGACAUAUUCAAGCCACAGCCGAUUACGAAUGCGCACGUAUAUUAUCUUCGCCACAUCGUUCACGAUUGGGACGAUGAAUCCAUGACUGUGAUCCUCAACCAGCUGACCCCUAUCUUGAAGGCACGCCCUCAGACCAAGUUGAUGUUGGCUGACUUGGUCCUUUCCGAUACUAGCAUCGACAUGCAAGAAGCGGUCAGAGACUUUACCAUGUUUCGAAUCGGUGGCUUGGAGCGUACCGAGGCUCAAUGGAAGAAGCUUCUGGCGAAGAGUGAGCUGGGGAUCAAAAAGAUAUGGAGAGGCACCGAGCCUGAAGCAUGCGUAGAAUGCACCUUGCUCGACACAUUACCGUGA